AUGAAUUCUGCGCUAGCAAGUCUCACAGCAACUUAUACAGACUCAGAAAAUGAAGACCAUUUUGAUGAUCAAGGAUCUGACGAAGAGGAUUCAAAGGAAUCAACGCCAGAAAUUGUAAUGCAACCAAAUCAAAAUAAUAAUCCAAAAAAAUCAUUCAGAUUGGUGAGCUAUAAUGAUAUUCAGGAAGAUGAAGCACAUAGUGAUACAGAGAUGAAAGGAGAGAACCAAGAAUCUGAAGAAAAUGCUGACUUAGAGGACAAAUAUGCAAAAUAUUAUAAAAAGUACGGAUUUAAUCUUCCAGCGGAACCAAGACAUUCAAGACAGAAUCCAAAACUACAAGAAAUGGUCACUAAUAUUUCUCAAAAGAUGAAUAAAAAGCCUGAAUAUGAUUUAAAUCAAUACAUCCAAGAAGAAAAGAAAUUCCGUAAUCCAUCAAUCUACGAUAAACUUAUUCAAUAUUGCGCUUUAAAUGAACUCGGAACAAACUUUUCGUCUGAUCAAUGGGAUGUAUCCAUUUAUGGUCCAGAAUCUUACUAUGAGGAGUUAGCGAAGGCACAAAAGGCUGAAAUGGAUAAGCAUGAGAAGCAAAAGAAGGAAAAUAUCAAAACAGAAGUGAUUAGUGGAAAAAGAAAGACAAAAUGGGAUGUCCAAAAUUCAGACAAUAAGCUCGUACCAAAUAAUUCGUCCACAACAUCAUCAUCAUCGUCAUCUGCAGCCAAAACAACGACAACUGUCAUUAAUGCUUUCGGGACAUUAAAGAAAACAAAAGUAUGA